GUGAUUGUGGUGGUGGUUUGUGUUUGUGGACUUUGUGGUUGAUCGAAUUUUUUGUGUGACGAAUUUAGCAAAUAAAAACAUUUGUGCAUUUUAUGAUCACUUCUAUAAUAAUUAUCUUUUACAAGUUACAAUAUAAUAUUCAAGCAGUUUGAAAAAUGAAUAAAAACUACGAAAGAUGCACACACUGCAACCGACGCAAAUGGCUUGCCACUGGAUGCCUUCGAAAAUGGUUGAAACCGAUGGAAUGUAAACAUUUUCAACGAACUGUAGACAGCAAAAGGGACUUUAAUAACACAGAUAUAGUCAAUCGUGUUUAUUUGCCUGAUCGUAAGCCCCCUGUCAAUACGAAUAAGUUCGUUAGGUUUUGGAAGAAUAAACUUUUCAUUACUGGCAGUGUUCAAUCAUUACAGAGAUAUUUUGGAAAUAAAAAUAGUGGUGGUGAGCAUUUAUGUAAUUAUCGUAAGACAAACGAACCCUCAACUUCGACGGAGAAGCAUAUGGUUACUAAAUAUGACUUAAAGAAGGAUCUGGAACUUGAGAAGUCGAAUAUCAAGUGUCAGCAUGCUGAUGGUCACUCAGUACUCAGAGGUCAUCACCAGCACGCGUCAGUUGAGAGUUGCGCUAUAUACUGUCAACUUUCCAAACAUGGGUGGUACUGGGGUGGAAUAACCUCAAGUGAGGCAGAAAAGCUUCUUGCUGGACAACAUGACAAUGUUUUCUUGGUGCGAGAUUCAUAUGACUCAAGGCACAUCCUUUGUGUUUCUUUCCGCUGUGUGGGACGCACCCUACAUGCGCGACUUAGACAUGCCAAUGGACUGUUUUCUUUGAAUAAUGAAACUUAUGUGCCAGCAAACAGAAUAUCUGAACAUUGUGCUACUGUUGCCGUUAAAUCAAAAUUGUUUGAAAUGCCCGUAAAAUUAGCCAGACCCUUGAACAGAUUUGCAAAGUUAGAUUCCUUGCAAAAGAUCUGCAGAUUUGUGAUAAGGCAAACAGUUUCAGAAAAUUUAUGGAAUAAAUUGCCACUACCAACCAAUCUUAUAUCUUAUGUGUCACUUGGCAGUGAUUACAUUGCCCCUUUAUAGACAUACAGAAAAGAAAAAUGCUUUGUGCCUUAAAUCUUCAAUGCACUUAUGGUAUGUUUAAUCCAUUAUUAAUCUAAGACAUAUCCUAUACUUAUUACAAUUGACUAUGUAAAAUGUUUAUAAAUUUUAUACAAAUCUUUGUUAAAGAGAAAUAAAUGAUUGUACUGUGAUUAUA